AUGAAAAAUAUUUACUACUACUUGUUUCUUGGAUACUUUUUGUCAAGUUACCUGUUAGCUUACUCAGCCAGGGCCACCACUACCAACAUCACCACAGAUCAAUCAGCCCUUCUUUCUUUGAGGGCUCAGAUCACUUCAGACCCUCAUCAAUUCUUAGAAAACUGGUCUCCUACAUCCUCAGUUUGUGAAUGGGUAGGAGUCGCUUGCCGAUCUCGUCAUCGUAGGGUAACUGCCUUGAACAUUGCCAACAUGAGUCUUACCGGCACCAUUCCUCCACAACUAGGAAAUCUAUCCUUUCUUGUUUACCUCAACAUGAGUCGAAACAAUUUCCAUGGAGGACUGCCCCAUGAGUUAUCUCAACUGUGCCGAUUACAAGUUCUUGAUUUUGGAGUCAAUGAUCUUGGCGGAGAGCUUCUUUCCUUCAUUGGUUCCUUGCAUAAACUCCAAUACCUGUCCCUCAGAAAUAAUAGCUUUACGGGUUCUAUCCCACCUGGUAUCUCUAACAUGUCAAACUUGGAGAUGUUAUGGUUGUCGUAUAAUUCUCUUGAAGGGACAAUACCAAAGGAGAUUGGAAAUCUACCAAACCUGAAGAACUUGUACAUGUUCUAUAAUCAACCUUCUGGUCCUAUGCCUGCUGAGAUCUUCAACAUUUCCUCUUUGGAAAGGGUUAUUGUUUCAAGUAAUAGAUUAACCGGCGGAGCUUCCGAUUGA